AUGUCCUGCCAAACGAAGCUCGAAGACUGCACAGUGGUAUGGCUGUGCCCGCUGGAGGUUGAAUUGCGGGCGGCUAUCGCCAUGCUCGACCGGGUCUGCGAAGACAUCCCUCUCAGAGCCAGAGGCCAGGACGUGAUCUACACCGUUGGCGAAAUAGGUCCUCACAAGGUGGCCGUAGUCGGAUACUACCAGGAACAAGGUCUUGCGGUCUCAGGAAGCAUGGUAGCGGAAGUCAAGCGGGAUCUCCCAAACCUGCAAUUCGGGCUCCUGGUUGGCGUCGCUGGCGGUAUCCCAUCCUCAACCAGGGACAUCCAGCUGGGAGAUGUGGCGGUAGCAGUUCCAGAAGGAGAUCGUCCAGGUGUAGUAGGAUAUGAUCUGGGCAAGGCGGGAGAAGAUGAUCGGUUUGAGCUGAAGCACUGGCAGAGCGCAACUCAUCCUCUUCUCCGAUCGGUAAUCAAUAUAACUAGAGCCCGGAAUGAGUUUGGAUUCUGGAGGCACUUGCGCAUCGUCGACGACUUGGCCGAGUUCCAGAGGCCAGAUGGUAGGCCGGCCAACCCAAAGGUCCACUACGGUACCAUUCUCUCUGGAAACAGCGUGAUCAAGUCCAAGGCAAGGAGAGACUAUCUGAAAGACCGGUACGGCGGCAUUGCAGUGGAGAUGGAAGCGGCCGGGAUGAUGAGCCGGCUGCCUGUCGCGGUGAUUCGGGGGAUCAGCGAUUUCGCCGACUGCGACAAAAAUGACGGCUGGCAGCCGUACGCCGCCAUCACGGCGGCGGCGUACGCUAAGGAGCUCCUGGUUCGUUUGCCCGGUGAGAGUAAAGAAAACUGCCUAUCAAACAAUGUCCGAGGAUCUCCGAUACCAACGCCAUUCUCCGAUAAGGAUAUCCGCCUGGCACAAGCACUACCGGAAAAGUGGGCCUUUAUGGGUAGGGAGGACGAGAUGGCCUUUUUGCGGGAAGAGUUGGGCUUCAGCACCCAGCCGCCCCUUCAACGGUGCGUUGUUGGCCUCUGGGGCCUCACUGGGAUAGGCAAGUCGCAACUCGCCGCAAGGUUCGUGAAUCAACAACGAUCCAAGCACCCAGAGCGGGAAAUAUUCUGGAUCAGUGGCGAAAGUCGGGAAGCGUUUGAGCACAGUGUCAUCAGUAUGCUCCGAGUGGGCGGCCAUUGUCAUGGUCUGGAAACUACUCCAGAUAGCACAACGUCCGCCAAACAGUCCCAGCAAGACCGAAUAGCGCUUGUCAACUCUUUUUUUGCCGAACUUAACCGUGCGGAGGACGCGAGAUGGCUGCUGGUCAUCGAUGCAGUAAACUCAAACCCAUACCCUAAUUCGAGCGACACGUCAUCGGCCAAUAUCCACAGCUACGUGGGUAGACUCAAGCGAGGCUAUGUUCUCCUUACAUCACGGAGGCGAGACAUUGUCGAGCGAUAUCACCCCAACCGGGAACUGAAAGGGCUGAGCGAUGAAGAUGCUAUCGCUCUGUUGCGUACUCAGGUCGAUCCUCGGCUCGUCGAAGGAGAAGGUAAGCCGCUUCCUCCCGUCAGCGCUACACCGGCUUCUCCAGGCAUGAGAGAGCGGGUAGGGCUACUUAAGGGCUUACCAUUGGCCCUGCGUCUUGCAGCGUCCGUUAUUUCCCGAUAUCGCUACACCGUCAAGGACUAUCUCGAGGCAUGGAGAAGCCGUGGCGCAGACGGCGAGUUCCUCGAUGUCGAUGAAACUCUAUCUCGCUCCAUGGAGUUGAGCUUCGAGGAGCUUGAAAUGACAGACCCAAUGGCCGCAAAGAUAUUGACUCUUUUCGGCUUUCUGCACCACCGCGACCUGUGGUACGAUCUCUGCCUCGGGGCAUCCGACGAUAAGUACUAUCCGGCCUGGCUCCGCGAGCUAGCAGUGCAGAAACGGCAAUUCCGAGAAUUCUACCCCUUGUUAGCAGAUCUGUCUUUCAUUGAGCUGAGAUGCUCCGCUAAUGGCCGCCAGCUUUGGGAAACUCACCCCGCAAUCCAAGUGGUUGCAAGACAGAGAGCGAUUUCCAACGGGCAAGAGCAGCUCUAUAUCCGAUGCGCAAUUUCGCUUGUAGUGUCUCAUAUCCCCCGAUCCUACGAGGAGGGCUUUUGGGAGACCAUGCGGCGACUGGAGCCGCACGCCGAUCUGUGCUGGAGCUAUAUUACCCAAGGAAAAUGGGGCCCCGGCACCAAUCUGACCGAGCUCGAGAGCCUAGCCCGCUUGUUCCGACACGUCGGUCGAUAUGAGCGCGCCGCACUGAUCUACCGGAUGAUCGAGAACGGUGUCAACAGCCUUCCCCAGAUUCGCACGGUGGACACGAAUGAGUUUCUGGCCGAUGUUCUGACCAACCUCGGGCUGGUGUAUACUGCUCAGCAGAAAUUCGAGCUGGCCCUGCGCGCCUUCGAGGAGUCGUUAGCCCUGAAAAGAGGAAUGGGCGGACCCACCCCCGACGAGUCCAUGUCCAUCAUGUACAACAAAGCGGUGGUAUUUAUGAUGACAGAAAGACUUGAGGAAGCGGAGAGGCUCCUACGCGACGCGGCGGCUCACUUUGCCCCGCCGGAAACCGAGCAUAUUCUGAUGAGAAAAGAGCGCAAUCACCUCUACAUUCGAAUCCUGAAGGAUAUCGGCGAAGUACUCCUGAGGAAGGGCUCCGUUGAGGCCGCAAUGGACCUCUUCCGCAACGUGUUCGACAGCCAACGGGACGGUCUAGGUGACUUCCACCCAACCCUUGUCUCACUCAAGCUGAAUUUGGGGCGCGCCCAUACCAAACUUGGUCAAUUCACAGCCGCGCGUACCCUGCUGGCUGAGGUUAUCGCCAUAUAUACGGAGUGGUGGGGACGCCGCCAUCCUGAGACGAUGCGUGCAAUUGACGAGCUAGCUUGGGCGUUGAUGGAAGAGGGCAGGCAUAAGCAGGGAGACAACAUCCCUGCGAUGUCGGAGAUGCGGAAGGCAGGUGAACUCUGGGAGGAAGUCUUGAGCUUCUAUAAAGGCAUUUACGGCGAUGGGUCAGAUAUGGCUGGUCGAAUCAAGUCAAAUCUACUAUGCUUGGGGAAUAUAGAUUCCGGGAACCCGGAGAUGAACGGUGGAUAUGUACCCAUUCCCAACUUGUAA